UGUAAGUUUGGUUCUGGCUGUUUGUUUAGAUUGAAAACAGACAAAAAAAUCUGCAUACAUUAUCAUUUCACAUAUCUCUAUACAUACGUUUGCGAUCUAAAACAAGUUCUGUUUAGAAGAAGCUAAGCUGGAAAACAAUCCUCAUUUAUCGAUGGAAGAAGCAAGCUCAAGAAAGCGAGGUAGCACUUUGAAAGUUCCUAACGUUCGAGAGCUUGCAAAGCAACAACUAGCAACCAUCCCGACGCGAUAUAUUCUCGAUGAUUUAGAGAAGACAUCCUCUUCCAUAUCAUUGCCUCAAGUUCCAGCGAUUGAUAUGGAAAAACUGCUGGCAAUUGGAGAUGAUUCAGAGCUUGAGAGGCUUCAUUCUGCUUGCAAAGAGGGGGGUUUUUUUCAGGUGGUGAAUCACGGGGUGAGUUCAUCGUUGGUGGAGAAAGUGAAGUCAGAAAUCAAAGCAUUUUUCGAUCUACCAAUGGAAGAAAGGAAGAAGUUUGAGCAACAAGAAGGGGACGUUGAAGGAUUUGGACAAGCCUUUGUUUUUUCUGAAGAGCAAAAGUUAGAUUGGGGUGACUUGUUUUACAUGACCACUCUCCCUGCCAGUUUGAGAAAACCUCACUUAUUUCCCAAGCUCCCUAUCUCACUUAGUGACACCAUGGAAGCACAUAGCAAAGAAUUCAAGAGCCUAGCAAUAAGCAUCCUGUGUCAAUUGGCAAAAGCUUUAAGGAUGGAUGAAAAGGAAAUGAGAGAUCUAUCCAACGAUGGUAUGCAAUUAAUAAGGAUGAAUUAUUAUCCACCUUGCCCUGAGCCUGACAAAACCAUUGGCAUAAGUCCUCAUUCUGAUGCUGACGCCCUCACCAUCCUUCUCCAGUUGAAUGAAACUGAAGGUCUCCAAGUUCUAAAAGACGGUAUCUGGGUGCCUAUAAAACCCCUCCCAAAUGCUUUCAUUGUGAAUGUUGGCUAUAUGAUGGAGAUAUUGAGCAAUGGUGUUUAUAGAAGCAUUGAGCACAGAGCUGUUGUAAACUCUAACCAAGAGAGGCUGUCUCUCGCAACAUUCUAUAUCUUCAACCUCGACUCUGAAUUGGGACCUGCACACAGCCUCACUGGACCAAAUAAUCCCCCAAUUUUCCGAAGAAUUCGCGUAGGAAAAUAUUUGCAGGAUUUUUUUGCAAGAAAACUUGAUGGAAAAUCAUUCAUUGAUCGCAUGAGGGUAGAGAUGAAGGAUGACAAAUCCUAGGUUGCAUUUGAUACUCUACAUGGUUAUUAGCGUAUCUAUAUCCCGGGAAAUUAUACAUCCUUACAUGUUACUCUUGCAAUUGUAAUUUCAAGUUCCGAUCAUUUUUUAUGAUUGUAAUAAAGAAGAAAAAUAGUACA